AUGUCUAAAUUAUUAUGUUAUAUAAUAAUAAUUAAUAUAUUUGUUACAGUGCGACCAUUAUUAGUGGAGAUUUUGGCACGCGAACAACCGCUAUCCGUCGGUCAAGAAGCAGAGCUUGCUUGUAGGGCGGUCGGUGCCAGACCCCCAGCAAUCAUCACGUGGUGGCUCAAUGACAAGCAAAUUAUUGUGACUGAUCCACAAAAAAACUCGGAAGAUCGCAACGAGACGGUUUCUAUCCUACGAUGGACGCCGAGCAUGGAACACAAUGGUCGAGUUCUCACUUGCAAGGCGACUCAUGAAAAACUCGAUCAUUCAGUGCUGGAAUCUUCAAUAAAACUUGAUUUGCACUAUGUUCCCAAAGUUGAACUCAGGAUGGGUUCCAAGAUGAACCCAAACGAUAUAGAAGAAGGCGACGACAUGUACUUCGAAUGUAUUGUAAGCGCAAAUCCAAGCGCUUAUAAAGUUGUUUGGGAGCAUAAUGGUCAAAUUAUGAAGCACAAUCAGCGAGCGGGAGUGAUAGCAGGGUCUGCACAUUUAGCUCUACAGGGUGUUUCGAGGGAACAAGCUGGCAAGUACGUCUGUAUUGCCUCCAAUGUAGAAGGGGACGGAAGAUCAGCACCAGUUAAUUUGCACGUGAUUUUCAAGCCUGUUUGCAAGAACAAAGUUGCAGCGAUAGUAGGCGCGGCUAUUAAUGAAGCGGCCCGUGUCGCGUGUGAGGUCGACGCUUUCCCACCACCUGAAAACUUUCAGUGGACAUUAAACAAUUCUUUGGGGACUGUUGAGUUGCCAACGAGCAAGUACACAAUAGAAAAAUCUGGCCGUUCUAUACUAACAUACACGCCAACUGUUGAUACGGACUACGGGUCACUUGCGUGUAGAGCCAAUAAUCUAGCUGGGCAGCAAAUAGAGCCGUGUAGGUACACUCUCCUUCCGGCUGUGAAACCGGAUCCGCCUACUAACUGCACAAGUGUCAACCUCACAGACGAUUCGGCGGAGUUGAGAUGUUUAGCCGGUUAUGACGGCGGUCUCCAAACAACAUAUUUUGUAGAAGCUUGGGAGAUGAAUACGUUAAUUGCUAACGUAUCAACUAUUACACCGAUAUGGAAGCUGCAAGGUCUCGGUUCUGGAAAGGAAUUGACACUUGUGUUCUAUGCGAAUAAUGCCAGAGGGAGAUCUGAGGUUUCAACACUCAGAAUACAUACGCUAUCGAGACUGGCAUUACAUACAGAAGCGAAGAGUACAGGCAAUAUAGAUACGAGCUGGGCGUUGGGCAUUAUCGCUGGUGCGGUGGGCACGCUUUUGUUCAUCGUGAUCAUUGCAUUGCUGGCGAGAAAACGACAUCAGCCGCUGCAGUACGAAGGUAGUGUACAAUCUCCAAUGCAGAUGGCGAAGGCGUAUAAGGGCAUUCAUAGUUCAAACCAUUCCCUUAUACAACCGGACGACAAGAAUCCCGAUGUAGUGCCUCUUGGGAAAGAUUUCAAUUGCACGCGAGAUUCGGAGCGACCACCGGAACCGCCGCCUUACAACGCGGUAGUAUCACCGCCAGUGGGCUCAUCCAGAAGUGUGCAAAGUCUCCACGACAGAUCGAAUACACCACACACGCCUAACACGCCCAUGUCUGAUGCGCAGAGUAUCGGUACAUUAGCGGAUGACCGUCGCAGUGUGACAAGUGGUACGUUGUCACGGAGAAGAGAAGUCGUCACAACGAGGACUCCACUCUUAGCCAACGCAAGAGAGAGCUGUGUG